AUGGCCUCCACUUUCAACCCCCGAGAGUGCAAGCUGUCCAAACAAGAAGGGCAAUGCUAUGGCUUCUUCCUGCGAAUUGAGAAGGACACUGAUGGCCACUUGGUUCGACUGGUUGAGAGGCUAAGCCCAGCAGAGAAGGCUGGCCUCCAGGAUGGAGACAGAGUUCUCAGGGUCAAUGGCAUCUUUGUGGACAAGGAAGAACAUACACAGGUUGUGGAUAUGAUCAGAAAGAGUGGGAGUUCAGUGACUUUAUUAGUUCUUGAUGGGAAAUCCUACGAGGAAGCCAUUAAAAACAAAGUCGACUUGAAAGAGUUGGGUCAAAGUGAGGAGCCACGUUUGAAUGAUAAGGAGCCAUCUCUGGUGAAGAAUGGCGGAACAGAGACGUGGACCCAGCCUCGGCUGUGCUACCUGGUGAAGGAAGGGAAAAGCUAUGGCUUCUCACUGAAAACUACCAAAGGAAAAAAGGGAAUAUACUUGUCUGAUAUAACACCUCAAGGUGUGGCUAUGAAAUCUGGUGUCCUGGCUGAUGAUCAUUUGAUUGAAGUCAAUGGAGAAAAUGUAGAAAAUGCCAGUCAUGAAGAAGUAAUUAAAAAGGUAAAGAAAUCAGGAAGCCAUGUUAUGUUCCUGCUGGUAGACAAGGAAACUGACAAACUCUAUAGUGAGAAGAAAAUACCAUUUAAGAGAGAAACAACUAGUUUGAAACUGCUCCCACACCAGCCCCGGGUUGUAGAGAUAAAGAAGGGCAGUGAUGGCUAUGGGUUCUACCUGAGAGAGGGGCCCUCACAGAAAGGUCAAAUCAUCAGUGAUAUAGAUGCUGGAAGCCCAGCAGAUAAGGCUGGCCUGAAGAACAAUGAUCUGGUGGUUGCUGUCAAUGGUGAAUCUGUGGAAAGCCUGGAUCAUGAUGGUGUGGUAGAAAUGAUUAGGAAGAAUGCAGAGAAGACUUCACUGUUGGUGGUAGACAAGGAGACAGACAAGAUGUACAGGCUGGCUCAGUUUUCCCCAUUUCUCUACUAUCAAAGUCAAGAACUGCCCAAUGGUUCUAUCAAGGAGCCAGCUAGCCCUACUCCUGCUCCCCUGGAGGAGGCCCCAAGCUCAGAUCCUGAGGAGGAAGCGCAUCAUAAGCCCAAGCUCUGCAGGCUGCUCAAAGGUGAAAACGGCUAUGGCUUUCACUUAAAUGCCAUCCGGGACCUGCCAGGCUCUUUCGCAAAAGAGGUAAAGAAGGGCGGCCCUGCGGACCUGGCUGGACUGGAAGACGAGGAUAUCAUCAUUGAGGUGAACGGGGUGAACGUGCAGGAUGAACCCUAUGAGAAGGUGGUGGAAAGAAUCCAGAGCAGUGGGAAGAACGUCAUACUUUUAGUCUGUGGAAAGAAGGCCUAUGACUACUUCCAGGCUAAGAAAAUGCCUAUCGUUUCCUCCAUGGCUGAUCCACUGGAUGCUCCCCCCGAUUCCAAAGAAGAAACACCGGCAGAGACAGAGCUUGACUCUCAUACAACCAAAGAACGAGCCCCCAGUCCCAGCUCUCAUUCUUCCUCCAAUUCUGAAGACACAGUGAUGUGA